AUGUGGACUCGACUAUUAUUUGUCGCGGCCUUCCUAUAUAGUGCAGGAGCGCUACCACUCAGCAGUUUGGAUUUGUACGAGGCUUCAAUUCCAGAACUGGAGUUUGGAUUGGAUAGUGGGCAUUUCACAAGUGUAGAUUUGGUCAAGGCGUAUCUGGGGCGUAUUGACCAAGUAAAUCAUGUUGGUCCCAAACUCAACGCAGUCAUUGAAACCAACACGUACGCUAUAGAGCAAGCACGCGUGCUUGAUAUAGAGCGCAAAAUGACCGGUAAACGUUCGAUUCUGCAUGGUAUCCCCAUCUUGCUCAAAGACAAUAUUGCAACGUUGGCGGGCGAAGGAAUGAACACAACUGCUGGAUCCCAUGCAUUAUUUGGGUCAAUUGUACGCAACGAAGCUACUGUGGCUGCCAAAUUGAGAAAGGCGGGAGCUAUUAUCUUGGGAAAAACUAAUCUCCUUCCUCUGACUCCUCGAGGUAACAUUCCGAUUGGAUGGUCUGGUCGGGGAGGACAAACUACAAAUCCAUAUUUCCCUGGAGCAAACCCAUGCGGGUCCUCUUCUGGGAGUGGCGUCGCCAUGGCCAUUGGCUUAGCAGCUGGGUCGUUGGGUACCGAGACCGACGGGAGUAUCACUUGUCCUUCGAGCUUCAACAAUGUUGUUGGGAUAAAGCCAACAGUAGGAUUGACUUCUAGGGCCGGAGUUAUUCCUAUUUCAAUUCACCAGGACACAGUUGGGCCGAUUGCAAGGUCUGUUACUGACGCCGCCAUUAUUUUGACCGCUAUUGCUGGCCGGGAUGGACGGGACAACUUUACAAGUAAUGCGCCCGACCCUGCCCUAGAUUAUACCCGCUUCUUAGAUCCCCAAUCGCUAAAGGGCAAACGCAUUGGCGUUCCUCGAAAGUUUUUCAUGGACACCACGUUGGACAUAGUUCAUCCAAGUAUAAAAAUCGAGUUUGAGAAAGCUUUGGGUAGAGUUAAGGAAUUGGGUGGAGUCAUCGUCGAUCCUGCAGAUCUUCCAAGUGCCGAAGAAAUUCUUACUAGUCGAGAGGUUUUCACAAAUAAAAUUCAGUUUAAGGUUGCCUUGAACGCCUAUAUCGCAAGCCUGGAUCAUGUUCCAACAAAUGUGACAUCAGUGGCAGAUAUCAUCAGAUUCAACGAUGCGCACAAGGAACUGGAAGAGACCGAAGGCCACGAAGAUCAGUCAGGGUUGAUUUUGUCCGAAGCUACUUUGGGUUACAACUCGACGUACCAUGAAGCUCUCCGCCAAAAUUAUCUAAUAGGUCGGGACAGAGGGAUCGAUGCUGCACUCAAAGACAACAACCUCGACGCUUUAUUACUGCCUAGCGAUGGGCAUACUACGAGACCUGCGGCUAUGGCUGGCUAUCCAAUUGUCACGGGUGAGCUUCCACCCCCAGACACCAAGCCGCUCCCAGAGACUCAAGCUCCUUACGAAACACUAUACCCUGCUCCCGGGAUCCCGUUUGGCCUAUCGUUCCUGGGACUGCAUAUACAGAACCUAGCUUGA